AUGCACUGCGAGGUGGCCGAGGCGCCCUCCGACCGGCGGCCGAAGGAGGCCCCGGGCCCCGGCCGCGGGCCCGCAGGCCUCGGCGCGCACAUGGCCUUCAGGGUCGCCGUGGGCGGUGGCUGCUGCGGGGACGGGGACCCUCGUGACCUGCUGCCCCGGCUGUCGGCGCCCCCGCUUCGAGCCCACGACCUCCUUCGGCCCCGGAGCCCCCGGGACUACGGUCCGUCCAAGGCCGCCGUGGGGAAGGGUCACCCAGACCCCAGGCCACGUAUGUGA